AUGGCUCGGCAGGAGGCGAAGCCCCAGGGCCCGAGGGAAGGUGGGCCGGCGGCGCGGGGUCGCAGGGGCCGGCUCCGGGCGCACGGGCUCAACCGGGCCGCCGGGAGAGCUGCGCGCUUCCCGGGCGUGAGGGGCUCGCGUGCCGCGUCCCAGGAUGCGCCGCCGCUGCUGCUGGGACUCCUGCUGCUGGCGGCCCUCCCCCAGCACUGCCUGGCCGACCCGGGAACAGAAAACCAGCAAAUCGCUAUCACCCCGACCCCGGAGUUAUCUCCUCAUGGGAGGCUGUUACCGAUUUCACCAACAUGGCCUUUCUCCGAUGUCCAGUCUUCCUCAGCAGUGGACAGGAUGAAGCCUGGGCCUGCAGCAUCCCCUGACAACACGAGCUGGCCGCAGUCUGCCUGGACGGCCCUACCCAAGACACACCGCCGAGCUCGGGCCCACGGGGACUUCUCUCCUUCCCAAGGCAGCGCCCACAGCACCUCCCUUGAGCCUUCCAAGGAUUCCGCCGAGACCCUGGUCCAGCCAAGAGCUCCAGGGGGAAAAGAAGCAGCCUCAGUGUCAGUGGAUUCCUCAGUGUUGCCCAAGGCAGAACCGACAGCAGCAGCAGCAGCAGCAACCACGUUGUUUCUUCGUAAAUCAAGUCCCCUGGUGCUGUCUGCAGCCCUGGUUGCUAAGGGCACCGGCAGCAACCCUUCAGCCAUGGCCUCGGGAUUAGCCAAGAGCAGCUGGACCACCGCUCUAGCUAAAAACAUCACGAGCAGUGCCGCAUCUGGCCCCAAAGCGACACCAGGAGUGGCUCAUCCAGCCUUCUCCUUCACGCCAACCUAUAUGUUUGCAAGAACAGCACACACCGUGAGCGCCCACCCAGCCAUGCAAGGGAACACGGGCGCUGCCUCUGGCCUGUUAUCCACAACACACCUCCCCAGGAAACCACAAGCCAUGCACACGGGCUUCCCGAACCCCACCAACCCAGACCUGCCCAGGGUGUCCACCACUCGCCCGCUGACCAUCACAGCAGCCUUGACGUCCAUCACCGCACCAGUGAGGGCCACCCGGAUGCCUCCUUCAUCAGCAGAAAACACAGAUGCCGCUUUUCCCGCUGUGUCCACUGCUGUGGUCACACCUGGCAAGACAGCGUCCAACCUGGAGUGUCAGAUGUCCAGUAAACUUCUGGUGAAGACAGUUCUCUUUCUGACCCAAAGGAGGAUGCAGAGCAGUGAAACCUUGAAGCUCAAUAUAGUCAAAGGGCUCACACAGGCCUUGCGGAAGGCGUUCCACCAGAAUGACGUCUUGGCUCAUGUGGACCUUCUGGAACAUUCUCACAACAUCACCGUUGGUUAUUACGCUACCAAAGGGAGGCUGGUCUACUUGCCUUCCGCAGUGAUCGAAACGCUGGGUGUUUACGGGAUCAGCAACGUCACUGCAGAUGUGAAGCAGCACACCCCAAACUUGCAGUCUGUGGCUGUACUUGCCUCCCCGUGGACUCCCCAGCCUGCAGGCCACUUGCAGCUGAAAACAGUGCUACAGUUUGUGAGCCAGUCCGACAACAUACAGUCCUGCAAAUUUGCUCAGACCAUGGAACAGAGGCUACAGAGGGCCUUCCAGGAUGCCGAGAGGAAAGUUCUGAAUACUAAAAGCAACCUGACAAUUCAGAUGGUGAGCACGUCCAACGCCUCCCAGACAGUCACCUUGGUGUACGUGGUGGCCAACCGAAGCUCCUUCCUCAACGGCACCGUGGCCAGCAGCCUCCUCCGCCAGCUCUCCGCUGAACUGGUGGGGUUCUACCUCACCUACCCACCGCUCACCAUCGCCGAACCGCUGGAAUACCCCAACCUCGAUAUAUCAGAAACAACGAGAGACUAUUGGGUAAUUACAGUGCUGCAGGGAGUGGACAAUUCCCUGGUGGGCCUGCACAACCAGAGCUUCGCCCGGGUCAUGGAGCAGCGCCUGGCCCAGCUGUUCAUGAUGUCCCAGCAGCAAGGCCGGCGGUUUAAACGAGCCACCACUCUGGGAAGCUACACCGUGCAGAUGGUAAAGAUGCAGCGGGUGCCAGGACCCAAGGAUCCUGCAGAGCUGACUUACUACACCCUGUACAACGGGAAGCCUCUGCUGGGGACUGCAGCUGCCAAGAUCCUGAGCACCAUUGACUCCCAAAGGAUGGCCUUGACUCUGCAUCAUGUUGUUCUUCUGCAAGCUGACCCCGUGGUGAAGAACCCACCCAACAACCUGUGGAUCAUCGCCGCGGUGCUGGCGCCCAUCGCCGUGGUUACCGUCAUCAUCAUCAUCAUCACUGCCGUGCUCUGCCGCAAGAACAAGAACGACUUCAAGCCAGACACCGUGAUGAACCUGCCUCAGCGAGCAAAGCCUGUGCAGGGCUUUGAUUAUGCCAAGCAGCACCUGGGCCAGCAAGGGGCGGACGAGGAGGUCAUCCCGGUGACUCAGGAAACGGUGGUCCUCCCACUGCCCGUUAGAGAUGCUCCUGCCUCUCAGGAAAGGGAUGCCCCUCAGGAUGGAAGCACCAUCAAGACGGCCAAAUCCAUCGAAACCAGAAAGAGCAGGUCGCCCAGUGAGAAUGGCUCUGUCAUCAGCAACGAAUCAGGGAAGCCCAGCUCGGGGAGGCGCUCACCCCAGAAUGUAAUGGCACAGCAGAAAGUGACAAAGGAGGAGACUCGGAAGAGAAAUGUGCCGGCGAGUGAUGAAGAGGAAGGAGUGGUCCUUUUUGACAACUCUGGCAAGGCGGCUGUGGAUCCCUUUGACACGUCUUCUGGGUCUGUGCAACUCAUUGGAAUAAAACCCACAGCCCUCCCGGUGGCGCACCCCACCUCAGACAGGAGCCAGGAGCCGGCCGUCCUCAACGGCGAGGUGAACAAAGCCCUGAAGCAGAAGUCAGACAUUGAACACUAUCGGAACAAGCUGCGCCUCAAAGCCAAGAGGAAGGGUUACUACGACUUCCCCCCGGUGGAGGCUAGCAAGGCUCAGACGGAAAGGAAAAAGAUGUAUGAAAAAGCACCAAAGGAAAUUGAGCACGUCUUGGAUCCAGACCCAGAACUGUGUGCCCCGUUCACCGAGGCUAAAAACAGGCAACAGAUGAAGAACUCUGUCUACCGGAGCCGGCAAUCUCUGAACAGCCCGAGUCCAGGGGAAACAGAGAUGGACCUUCUGGUAACUCGGGAGCGACCCCGGCGUGGGAUCCGUAACAGUGGAUACGAUACAGAGCCUGAGAUCAUAGAGGAAACCAACAUCGACAGAGUGAAUGAGCCCCGGGGCUAUGGCCGGUCGAGGCAGGUGAAAGGCCACUCGGAGACCUCCACUCUGAGCUCGCAGCCCUCCAUCGACGAGGUCCGGCAGCAGAUGCACAUGCUGCUAGAGGAGGCCUUCAGCCUGGCGUCGGCGGGCCACGCGGGCCAGGGCCGGCACCCGGAGGCCUAUGGCUCCGCCCAGCACCUGCCCUACUCCGAGGUGGUGACCAGCGCUCCGGGGACCAUGACACGGCCCAGGGCUGGGGUGCAGUGGGUGCCGACCUACCGCCCAGAAAUGUACCAGUACAGUCUGCCCCGGCCGGCCUACAGGUUUUCCCAGCUUCCUGAAAUGGUCAUGGGCUCUCCCCCUCCACCUGUGCCUCCGCGGACGGGCCCUGUGGCUGUCGCUUCUCUCAGGCGGUCCACUUCGGACGUUGGCAGCAAGACCAGGAUGGCCGAGUCCGCGGGGCCCGAGGCCGCCCAGCUGCACGACAGCGCCUCCUUCGCGCAGGUGUCCCGAGGCCCCGUGUCCGUGGCGCAGCUGGAUCAGUCGGCUUUAAAUUACUCAGGUAAUACGGUGCCGGCAGUGUUCGCCAUCCCAGCUGCCAACAGACCUGGUUUCACUGGCUACUUCAUCCCGACGCCCCCUUCGUCCUACAGAAACCAGGCCUGGAUGUCUUACGCCGGAGAGAACGAGCUCCCCAGCCAGUGGGCUGAUUCGGUCCCCCUCCCGGGGUACAUCGAGGCUUACCCCCGAUCCCGGUAUCAGCAGAACUCGCCCUCCAGGCUCCCUCGUCAGUACAGCCAGCCAGCUGGGCUGCACCCCAGCUUGGAGCAGGCCCCGGUGCCCUCCACAGCAGCCUCACAGCAGAGCCUGGCGGACAACGACCCAUCCGACACCCCCCUCACCAACAUUUCCACGGCAGCCCUGGUGAAGGCCAUCCGGGAAGAGGUGGCCAAGCUUGCCAAGAAACAGACAGACAUGUUCGAGUUCCAGGUCUAA